AUGUCCGACCCCGUCGCAGAGGUCACCGAGGCCACUGUCAAGCUCGUACUUGACGAGGUGACCGGGGAGCAGGUCACGCGCAACGAGCUGAAGAAGCGAACCCAGAAGCGAGCCAAGAAGGCUGCUGCCCAGGCCUCACGAGAGGAGAAGGCAAAGAACCAGGAGGCCAACCCUAAGCCUGCUGCUGCGCCUAAGCCCAAGGCCCAGGAACCUACCCAGCUCGAUCCCGAUGCCAUGUUCAAGCAGGGUUUCCUUGCCGAUGUUUACAAGGAGAGACCUGUGACGCCUGUCGUUACGCGAUUCCCUCCCGAGCCGAACGGAUAUCUUCACUUGGGUCACGCCAAGGCUAUUGCCAUUGAUUUUGGCUUUGCCCGCUUCCACGGUGGCAAGACGAUCCUACGAUUCGACGACACAAACCCUGACGAAGAGGAGGAAGUAUACUUCGAAUGGAUUCUCAAGAUCAUUAGGUGGCUCGGAUUCGAGCCCAGCGCCAUCACACACUCAAGCGACAACUUCCAGAAGCUCUUCGACCUUGCAAAGGAGCUGAUCAAGAAGGAGAAGGCAUACGUCUGCCAUUGUAACGAGGCCGAGAUCAAGCUCCAGCGCGGUGGAAAGGAAGGAAAGGAGGGCCCCCGUUACCGAUGCAAGCAUGCUGAGCAGGACGUUGAGACAAACCUCCAGAAGUUCCAGGAUAUGCACGACGGCAAAUACGAGCCCCAGACUGCUUUUCUUCGCAUGAAGCAGGAUAUCACAAAUGGUAACCCCCAGAUGUGGGAUCUUGCCGCCUACAGAAUACCCAAGAAGCAGAAGCCUCACCACCGAGCCCCUGAGUGGAAGAUCUUCCCUACAUACGACUUUACACACUGUCUCUGCGAUAGCUUUGAGGGCAUUACACACAGUUUGUGUACUACCGAGUUCAUCCUGUCCCGCGAAAGCUACGAGUGGUUGAACAAGUCCUUAGAGGUCUACGAGCCAAUGCAGCGAGAGUUUGGUCGUCUCAACGUCAGUGGAACAAUCAUGAGUAAGCGAGCCCUCAAGAAGCUCGUUGAGGGUGGGAUUGUUCGAGGCUGGGAUGACCCCCGUCUCUACACACUGAUCGCUAUCAAGCGACGAGGUAUCCCCCCUGGCGCUCUUCUGGCUUUCAUCAACGAGCUUGGUGUUACCACAGCCAAGACAAUCAUCCAGAUCGCCAGAUUUGAGCAGACUGUUCGUCGUUACCUCGAGAACACAGUCCCACGUCUUAUGCUUGUGUUGGAUCCGGUUCCUAUUGUCAUCGAGGAUCUUGAGGAAACCCAGGAACUCGAGGUUCCAUACUCUCCCAAGGACCCUAAGUUUGGUACUCACAAGGUCCGUCUAACCAAGACCGUUUACAUUGACCGAUCCGAUUUCCGUGAGGAGGAUAUCAAGGGAUACUUCCGACUUGCUCCUGGCAAGACCGUUGGUCUCCUUAAUGCCCCUCACCCUAUCAAGGCAACUUCGUUCGAGAAGGACGACUCUGGCAAGGUUACCAGCAUCAAGGCCAUAUUUGACAAGGAGAGUAAACCCAAGACUUACAUCCAGUGGGUUCCCGAAGGCUCUAUCAAGGUCGAGGCCCGAAUCCACAGCGCUCUAUUCAAGUCCGACGACCCCACAGCCGUUGAGGGAGGAUUCUUGAACGACGUCAACCCCGACAGUGAGGUCGUUUACCCCGAGGCUUUGGUCGAGGAGGGCUUCAAGGAGGUGCGCGAGAAGGCUCCUUGGCCCGUUACGGCUGGUGAGACAAGUGAGGUCAGCGGCCCUGAGAGUGUUCGAUUCCAGGCCAUGCGUGUUGCCUACUUUGCUAUGGAUUUGGAUACCACAGACGACAAGAUUGUGCUUAACCGUAUUGUCUCUCUGAAGGAGGACCGUGAAAAGAACUAG